AUGAGGAUGGGAGAGGACUUUCCCAUCAUCAACUUCACCACCAAUAAAUAUGUCGACCCCGAAACCCUCUCCAGGAUUCGCUCACAUGCCCAACAACGGGUGCAGGAUCAAAGAGUGGCCCGGAGGACGCAGGUCGAAGAAGAUGAUCCCUCUCAACACAAUGCUGAGCGGACUUCCCGGAAGGUGCUGAAAAGGGGAGGCCGUGGUGGGCAGCAGUCGUGGACCGUGGUUUUGGAGCAGCGGCCGGGCCAAGCCUCUGCAACUGCAACUCCCGCACCCGCAAAGACCAAGUCCUCCACAAGUCGAAAGAAGAAAGUAGUGAAGCAGGAAGAAGAAGAUGAGACGUUCAUUGCCGUCAAGAGGGAAUGUCACUCCCUCAGCGCCUCCCCAUCCGAACGCCCGGAUCCUUUUCGUGCCUUCCCCGUCCAAGUCGAUAGUGUCUUUCUGGACUUGGCCGAGAGUUAUCUGCACAAUUGGAAGUGGCAACAUCCCAAGAGUCUUCUCUUCCAAGCCACGCUGUCCCAUCCCGUUCUGGUACACAGCUUCCUGACCGUCGCCUACAAAGUAUGCAGACAGGACGAAUACCGAUGCCUCUUCCACGAAAACAUGACCUUGGGAUACAUCGGCAAAGGCAUCCAACAACUCAACACCCUCAAAGGGGUGGAUCGAGAAGAGUCGGCGUGUGCAUUGACAUGGUCCAUCAUCCGUCUGGCCACCGUUAAGGUGAACCAAUACACCACCACCACUUCUUCACCUCACCCCGCUAAGCAUCCUCCCCUCCAGAUCAACACGGGCCAACYCGAGACCUCCAUCCAUCACCUCAACGCCCUCGCUCUGAUAAGUCCCGACAUGACCGUCUGGGAUAAACACCUCUUCGGCCAACACUUCCAGACCACCACCGCUAGCCUCCUCCUCGCAAAUUACACCCAAACCUCACGCAUCCAACCAAAUCUACACCUCCCCUUUGGCGCCAUGUCCACCCCUGCACUCUCAGACGUCCAAUCAAUCGACUACACCCUCCCCCCAAAUUCCAUCCUCCUCUCCCCCACCCUCCAAUCCUUCCUCUCCCCCGCCAUCUCCGACGCCCUAUUGGCUCUAACCGCCCUCUUCAAUCUCUCCGUCCCCGUCACCUCCCUCCCCCACACCCACUCGGGCCCUCAAGCCCGCGAAGGCGUCAAAAUCUCCCUGCGACUCGCUCGCUGCUCCCCUUCAACCACCACCCCUACUGGAAUUCCCGAAAAUGGCUGGAAGAGCCAAUUCAAAGAAUGUGCGCGAUUAACGGGGUUGUUAUUCACCUGGUCUUUUGGAAGAAAUGUGGAUUCGCAGAAAAACGACAGUAUUUCCUCCGCGAGAAGACAUAAUCGUGCCUUUCUCACGCCCAUUUUGAUGGCGUGUUUGUUGGAGGAGGCGGGAGGGGAUCGAGCCGUGUAUGAUUUCUUGCUGUGGAUGUUGAUUGUGUGUGGAUCCACGACUGCUUUACAUGAAGAUCGAAGGUAUUUUGCGGGGUUGGUCAGGCAGUUUUAUCCUGAUUGUGGGAGGUGGGAGGUGGAGCAUGUGCGGGGGUUGGGGGAUGUGUUGCCUUGGAUUGAGGUGGUGGAGGAGGGGGAGAGGCCGCCUUGGGAGGAGUUUUGGGGUGAAGUUGUGUAUCCUGGAAGGGGGUUUGGGGGGGAGGAGGCAGGGAUUGUGGAGAGGGCGCCGUUGUUGUUGGGGUAUGUGGGAAUUACACCGGGAUUGAGGGAGAAGUUGAGGAGGGCGAGGGGUGUGGUUGGGAGGGUUGUGGAUGGAGAGGAGGAGGGGAUGGAUUGA